UAUGAAUCGAGUUACUGUACACAGAGUCUUAUAUUUUCAUCGAAUUUCUCAUGAUUUGCAUUUAAAAAACGUCAAACUUUGAAUAAUGCUAAUUGUGAGAAAAGCUGGUAGUAUAAAAUUGCAAUCUGGCUGAUAAAAUCAACUGACUCAAUCAUGCGUCUUCUCUUCCCUUUAUUUGUUCUUCUUCUCGUGGUAACUUCAAGUUUCCCGACUGGUGUUAUCUCAUUGGACGAGCAAAUCGGAAAGAAUGCACCUUUUUCCAAAAAAGCCGUCUUCGAUUUGCCUGGGGAGAUUCAACAUGCUGGUGUGACGGGAGAUCCGAAAUUUGUAAAGCAGGAACAAUGAGUUCGUUAUUUUCUGUUGUUGAAUAAAGUUUGGCAUA